AGAACUAUAGAACCACAGGAGAAGCAGCUUCCUGCCGCUUCCUAACUAAACGAGAUAAUUCAGCAAUUAUCUCUUAGUUGACAUGGAGAGGCCCUCAGACGUCCAGUCAAACCACAGACCGAGGGCGGUGCCCCGUAAAGAGAGGGGAACCCCGGUGCCUCCAAAAACUCAACGCCAAAAGUCUCCGGGGCCAGGUGGACGCCCCGAAGCUCCAUCAGCCAAGAAGAAGAAGCUGCAGAGGGAGAAGCUGGAGACAAACCAGGAGAAGAUGGAGGGGGAGGAAGAGGAGGUUCGGCUGAAAUCUACUGUGGUGGACAUAGAUCACGUUAGAGAUGAGGAGGUGAAAGAGGAAAGUCUGGGAGUCUUGGAAGCAGCAGGGCAGGAGGAUGGUUUGAAGCAGAAGAAUCUGGGAGUGUUCGAAUGGCUGCUGAUGGUGUUCGUCCUGACACUAGUUCUCCUCUUCCUUCCUUUUACCAUCUGGUUCUGUGUCAAAGUCAUCAGGGAGCACGAGAGAGCUGUGAUCUUCAGACUGGGUCAUCUGCUGCAGGGAAAACCCAAAGGACCAGGCCUCCUUUUCUACCUCCCUCUGCUUGACGUGUGYCACAAAGUUGACAUCCGGCUCAGGACGUUGAAGGUUCCUCUUCACGUGGUGGUGACGAAGGACCUGGCCAGGCCUGAGCUGAGCGCGGUGUGUUAUUACCAGAUAGAGAACGUGGCUCUGUGCAGCGCCGCUCUGUCCACCCUGACCUCGGUGCUGCAGAGUCUGCUUCAGGCGGCCAUCAGGGACGUUCUGGCCCAACACACUUUCAGCCACRUCCUGCUGCACAGGCGGCGGGUCGGGGAGCAGAUCCAAACUGCUGUCGACUCUGUCACCUGCCGCUGGGGCGUCAGGGUGGAGAGAGCAGACAUAGAUGAGCUCAGUUUUCCUGCGGAGCUGCAGCAGAGUCUGACCGCAGAGGCCGAGGCCAAGAGACAACAGCAGCUCAGACAGGUCAAAGCGUCUGAAAGUGAGAUCGCUGCCUGGGACGGCUUCAGGAACUCCCUGCGUUAUCUGCACCCUGCGCUGGUCUUUCCUCUGCCUCCAGAUCUCCUCAGCAUGAACUCUGACGCUUCAUCCCUCCCACCACCACCUCCUCCUCCUCCUGCUGAAGAAGAAGAGAAGACGGCCGCGGAGCCGGGAACAGACUCACAGAUGAUGUGAUUUUUUUUUUUUUUUUUUUUUUACUGUAGAAUAUUUGAGAUGAAUCAGCAGUGAUUUUAUUACAAGUUAAAACAUCUGUUGGCUGGUAAACACGAGAUGUUUCCUCUGACCAAAUGCAAGAAAAAAAAGUCCUAAAAAUAAAUAUAUCAUCACAACA